GGAUGGUAAUUACAAGCAAUAUGUUAACCAGUACACCACUCAGACUCUUGCCUUAAAUAAACAUCAACAUAAUGAAGAGCGGGACAAGCGGCGUUACUUAUCUCAUAAGUUCAGCCUUACCAACCUUAGUGAGUUCAAAUGGAAUGGAACAACAAAUGGUAACAAGAUCAUGACUGUUUCUACUCUAAGAUUGAGCCUGGCGCAACUAGAGAGCAGUUUAGCAUCUCCAUUUCUUCAUCCGAAUUGGCAGCUUCAUCGUCAGUCAUGGUUAAAAGCGUUGCACCAUUGUACCAAGCCUGAGGACUUCUCUCUAGCCUUGACAAUACUGGUGCAUGUAAUUAAACCUGUACUGUUGUUACCUGUUUGGCAUGAAGCACUUGGUCAUGUUCGAUUUAAACGCAUCACAUCAUUAGAUCGAGAAGAAAUGAAGAAAAAGGAAAGAGAACAGAAGAAAUUAACUGAGGAAGAAUUGGCCAGACCGGUUAUAUGGAUCAAAUACACUCUUGGGCUUAAGCACCAGGUAUUGUCAUUUUAAUACUUAAUUAGUCCCCUACCUGUUUAAUCGGACGGGUCUUUAGGUUUACCCUCCAAUCGUUUGUGUGUCUGUCUGUCCCUUUGAUAAUGCAAAAAGAACUGAAAGUAUUUUUAUGAAACUUGAAAUAUUCGCAGAUGGCAGUCUGGAGAUUAUGCACAUCUGUUUGUUAUGCCACUGCAGCAUUAUUCUGCUAUGUGGUGGCAUAAUAGCAAUUUGUGUAUGCGUGGUUGCCCGAGUGCGUGCGUGUGUGUGUGUGAUUAUAUAGUGAACUUAAAAAUUGCUUGUCCAAUUUCAACUUAACUUGGCAAGAUUGUUCCUUGGAUGUAGGUGUUCCAAAGUUGUUUAAAGAAUUUGAUUCCAUGCAGAAACCAAAAAGAAUUGUAAUAAAAACUUUAAAAUAUCUUCUUGUAAAGACCCAUUUGGCCUAAAGCAUAGAUAAUUUGCAUAAGCCAUAGUCUGUUGAACAUCAACCAAGAUUGUUCAAAUUAUAGCCCUGCGGUCAUUGAUUUUUGGCUGUGAAACACAGGUGAAAACCCGGGUUUUAGUAUGGUGAAUGUUGGGCGGGCGGGGAAAAACUUUUCGUAACAGUUUUCUCAGCAACUACUUAUCACAGCCUCUUGAUAUUUGGCAUACACCUUUGACACAUGGUCCCAUACUGUGGGAUUCUAUUUCAGGUCUGUCGCUCAUCCACUUCCUUUUUAUCGACUUAUUGGGCAAUGGUAGGAAAUUUUCGUAACAGUUUUCUCAGCAACUACUUAUCACAGCCUCUUGAUAUUUGGCAUGCAGCAUUGACACAUAGUCCCAUACUGUGGGAUUCUAUUUCAGGUCUGUCGCCAGGGCCCUCGAUCAACCAAAUCUGCGGCCGAUUAUCGGCCGCAGUCCCCCACCAAAAUGGUAUGUUUUUUUCCCCUAACAGAGGUAAAAAUUC